AUGUUUAACUUUGGAUAUAAUUCCAACGCCAAUUCCAAUCAAGGAAACACCGCGGCUAGCACCUUUGGAGCAAAGCCUGCAGGAGGUGGCUUUACAUUUGGUGCAAACAAUGCGAACACUUCCGGCAGUACUGGUUUCUUUUCAAAUAACGCGAACAAUUCUUUAGCUUCUCCACAAACAGGUACCACUGGUGGUUUAUUUGGUGCUCAAAACAAUCAGAGGAAUGAUGUUUCUGGAGGUGGCUUCUUUGCCAAUAACAAUACGAACCGUGCAACUAGCGGUCCUACUGGAGGACUUUUUGGGCAAAGUAACAACCAGCAAGCUGGAAAUACCGGUAGUCUAUUUGGAGGUGACAAUAGACCUCAGAACCCUUCAACCCUGGGCGGUGGAUUCGGUAAUCAGCAAGUGGGAACUGGUACGACUGGAAUUUUUGGACAGAACAACGCGUCUAUCAAUAAUUCUGGCACAGGAGGACUUUUUGGACAGAACAACACGUCUACGAAUAAUUCUGGCGCAGGAGGACUUUUUGGACAGAAUAUGAAUAAUAGUUCAACAACUGGCGGCCUAUUUGGACAAAAUAACAUAGCAUCUAAUACAAUUUCGAACACUGGUGGUUUAGUUGGGCAAAAUAACGCGUCAUCAGGGACAAAUAACAAUACUGGCAGCUUAUUUGGACAGAAUAAUACCGGAUCUAUGAACACGAAUAUUGGUGGAUUCUUUGGACAGAAUAACUCAGGUACCUCUGGACAAACUGGCGGGCUUUUUGGUCAAAAUAACUCAGGAGGAAGCAGUCUAUUCGGCCAGAAGCCCCCUGCGGCAAAUGCUCCGUCUACAGGAGGCUUAUUUGGUCAACCCUCAUCUACGCUACAGCAACCGCAACAGCAGCAACAACAGCAGCAGAAUUCCCUCUUUACACCUACCGUUAAAACUACGCAACCUUCUUUUGCAUGGUCUCAGCAACCCACCUCACAGUUGAACGGUCUGCAAGGUCAACAACAGACCGAACAGAAACCACAGCAGUUGCAACAAAAUCAACAACAAGCGCUGCUAUAUGACCCAAGACACCUUUCUCAGCAACAACAGCAACAACAGCAGCAUUCGAACUAUCCUCAACAGAUCCAAGAACAGAUAAUGAAGUGUAUGGAAUCUUGGAAUCCAAACAACCAGAGAUCAAAGCUGCGUACAUUUGUUUAUAACAAGUGCAACGAAACUGAAGCAAUCUUAUACAGCAAACCGGCUAACGUCACACAAGAAGAUUGGGAUAAAGCGCUUAUAAACAAGCCCAAUGCCAAUGUAAUUCCAAUUGAGAUUAAGGGCUUUGAAGAUCUAAAUCAGCGGCAUAACCUACAAAGAGAUCAUGUUGCUCAAGCGCGUAUUAUUUUAUCACAGAUCCUGGAGAAAUUGACAAACGUUUCUCAAAAACAUGAGCUAGAUACUGCUACAAGAAUACUUAAAGCACAAUCACGCAAUUCCAACAUCCAGAAUCGUAUCAUGAAGUUGGCUACUCAAAUAGCCAUUUUGAAGAGCAAGGGCUUGCCACUGAGUGUUCAGGAAGAAAACCUAGUGGUUGAAUUUAAGAAAUUGCUGGACAGCAGCAACGAUCCAGCAGGUCUAGGCAAAAACAAUGAAUUAUGGGCUCGUCUUGCAGUUCUGAAAGAACGUGCUAAAACCCUCAGUAACCAGCUUGACAGCACACUCGUUGUUAUCGCAGAGAAUGGCGGUGCUAGUGCUUCAACUGGCGAUGCAAAUGAUGAAAAUCAAAUUGAUGGUGAAGAGAGACGCAUUGAUGAAGAAGUAGUCAAUCGCGUCAAUAAGAUUGCUGAUAUUUUGAUGAACCAACAACGUGGCUUGAUUUAUUUACAUGAUGUAUUGGAGAAGGACACACAGGUUGUUGACAAAUUUUUGAUCAAGUAA